AUAAAGUAUAAAUUUGAAAAAAAAAUAACAACGCAUUUUCGGGUUUAGCGUGAUAAGCGCCGAGUUAUCUGCAGCAGCAACAGCAGCUCAAGGGAACUCUAUCCAAUCUCCGCGAUGCUGUGGCAGCAGCUCCUUCUCCUUCUCCUGCUGGCCGUUGCGGCCUGCCGGGCCACGCCCAGUUCGAAUCAUACCGCCCGCUAUGAGGAGUCGACGCUGCGUAUACUUGAUGCGGCCACGGAGCGUAUGCGCGGCAUUUGGGAUAUGCGCAGGCGCAUCUUUCUGCAGCUCACCUCGAAGGGCAAGUCGCCGUUGGGCGGCCAGGCGCCCAGCAAGCAGGAGGUGGAAACGGAAACGUAUAAGCUGGCGUUUGAGCUGGCGGCCAAUUUGAGCGUUGUGCCCGUGGAACAGCUGAGGGAUCCGCAGCUGCGACGUCGCGUCCAGCGUCUGGCCAAGCUGCAGCUGCAGGGCCUGCGGCCGGCGGACUACGAGCAGGCCAAGGAUCUGCUGCGCGCCAUGCAGAAUUUCAUCAGCGGCUCGCUGGUCUGCACCCACGACGACUGCUCCGCCCGCCGGCCCCUGGCCAUGUAUCCGCAGAUCUACAAUCAGAAUAUGCGCAGCAAGAGCUACGAGGAUCUCAAGCUCAACUGGUACAGCUGGCGCAGCGCCAUCAAUGACAAGGACACCGCCAAGUCCACCUUCAUCGACUAUGUCCGUCUGCUGCGCAUCGCGGCCACCUACAAUGGGCAUGUGACGCCAUCGCGCACCUGGUACCUAUACUAUGACACCGAGAACUUUCAGGCCGAGAUGGAGGAGGUUAUCUGGGAGAUAAUGCCGCUGUAUCGGGAAAUGCAUGCCUAUUUGAGGCACUCGGCGAUGCUGGCCUAUCCGAAGGCCAACUUCAAGGAUGAUGGCGCCAUUUCGGCGCCCGUCUUGGAACAGAUGUUGUCGCAGGCAUGGUAUUCGCAUCAGAUCUUUCGCUCGCCGUAUCCCAAGGAUCAGCUGCCGUCGGUGCAUCAUCGGCUGGAGGAGGUGCUGGUGACGCCCGUCAAGAUCAACAAGAAGGCAACCGAAUUCUUCGAGUCCCUGGGCCUGAAUCACAUGUCCGACGGCUUCUAUGAGCGCUACUCGCGGCGCAUGAACGACGACGAGGGCGGGCCGGACUGCAAGUCGCAGGUGUACUACUUUCCGCCGGAUGUGGCGCUGCGCUACUGCCCCAAGCUCGACUACAAGAAGAUGAUGCAGAUCCAUGGCACCAUGGCCGAGCUGCAGUAUAAUAUUUACAAGCGGGAGCUGCCCUUCGGCCUGGACACGGAACCGUGUCCGGGCUUUGGCGCCGCACUCGGCGAGACCGCCGUCCUGGCGUCGGGCACGCCGCGUCACCUGCACCGCCUGCACAUUCUGUUGAACGAGAGUCUCACCGAGAAUCAAUCGCUCAAUCGUCUGUUCCGGAUGGGCGUCCAUACGCUGCUGGCCGUGCCGCAGUAUUUCAUCAACGACAAGUUUCUGGUGGAUGUGAUGGACGGACGCAUUGGUGUCCAGGAUUACAAUUGCGCCUUCUGGCGUUUGCAGGACAAAUUCGCGGGCGUACAGCCGCCCAUUUGGCGCUCCGCCAAGGACUUUGAUCUCGACUUUAAAUUCUAUCGCGGCAUGCAGCCGGAACGCUCCAAUACCAGAAAGUUCAUCACGGAGAUUCUGGGCUUUCAGUUCUAUCGCGCCUUCUGCCUGGCCAGCGGCCAGUACAAGCCCGGAGAUCCCAGCUAUCCGCUGCACAACUGCGACUUCUACGACAGCAAGGAGGCCGGCGCCCUGCUCCGCGAGAUGAUGCAGCUGGGCGCCACCCGGCACUGGCGCGACAUUAUGCACAUUGCCACCGGGGAACGUAAACUGAGUGGGCGUGGCGUCUUGGAAUACUUUGCGCCGCUCUUCACCUGGCUAAAGGAGCGCAACAUGCAGCUGGAAAUCGAGCCCGGCUGGGAUGCCGAUGAGCUUUGUCGCAAGGAAUAGGAAUUGGAGCACAUUUAUCUGGGUGAACCUAUCAAAAAUAUUCAUAAAAAUUAAAUUUCU